GAUCUGCUUGCCUACCUUCAAGCCACUCAAAAAAGAUCGAGUAUUUUAGUGGGGAACAAGAAUGGCAUUCUAAGCACAGAACCGAAAAUACUUGAUACAAGUUUUGGGUGAUUAUAUUUUAGCAGAAACUUCAAGUCCUACUCCAGAUGAUUUUAUGAUCAUUCGAGAAAAAAUUGGUGUGCUGUUUCCAAACGAACCUUUGAAUCUUAUUUAUCAGGCUCCACAAGAAAGUGAUCGCACCCAAGCGCUUGCAAGAGGUAUGCUGUUUUACCGAGUAAGAAAUGAAAUAUCUAAACUCAUCAGUAAAAAGGUGAUACAACCUCGACGGCGCAGAAAGGUUUUGGAUGACAGCUUUGAAUCUGAAGAAGUAGACAAUCCAUCAACUGAGAUUGAAGGCUUGGUUCAAAUUCUAAAGAGAGCUCGAGAAGUCACUUCUGAAGUAGAGAGAAACUGGGAAAAGACAGCAGAGUUCCGGCUUCAGAAGCUCAACACAGCUGCCAAAAAAGAAAAGCAGAAAGGUAAAGGAAAGAAGAAGGAUAGAGAGAACCAGCCUGCAGACACUGUCCAAGACUACAUUAAUGACUAUAAGGUUUUGAGGCACCCUCAAGCCCACAAAUUGCUGGAAUUGGACUUCAAGCAUUUGUACGAGGAGGAAUCAGGAAACCUUCUGUCUGAGUGGUCCAACUUCUUGUCAAAGAUUGAACAAUUAGCAUUGAACAGUCGUAUUGAAGAUCAAGUAGGAAAGGAAUUAGUCAGUAUUUUGAAGACUGAUGAAUCUGAUCUUGAUGACAACAACAAGGAUGCCUUGUUAUUACAAAUCCUUCCUUCCCUCUGCCCACCUACUGCCAGGGUAACAGUUGGAAAAAAACAACAUACAAACCCAGCACUCCUGAGUCUCGUGAUGCCUUUAUAUCAUACACAACUGUGGGAGCUGAUCUUGAACCUCUGAUUGCAAGACGGAAAGAGAGGAUGGUUAAACUGAAUGCCACGCAACAACCUUACAUGAUUUUCCUGGGACCCAAACGCUCUGAUAUUAUUGCAACAUAUGUAGUUGUUGAUAAUAUUCUCUA